AUCGGAUUAAUUUAUUGUAAAGCUGCAAAAAUUGGAAUAAAAAAACUAACUCCGUUGCGAAUGGUGAGUAAGGUGAAUAAUGUAGAAGAAGAAAGAAUUGCUUGCAACGGUGUAUUAAUCACUCGACGGAUAUUACUUGCUUCAGGAACUUGUAUUUACGAAAAUUUCAAAUUAUACAAACAUGAUUACGCAUUCAUCUAUAAUGAUCAACUCAUGAAAAUAAUAAUUGAUGAAAAUAAUAUUUUCUUCAAUGAAAAUUUAAGCCGAAAUUUUGAUCCGUCUUUACGUAAUUUUGCGUUGAUAAUUAAUAAAGAAGAAAUGAAUCCACAGUAUGCAAUUGAAUAUUUCUAUCAUUUUGCUAGGAAUGAUGAUAAGAUCAAUUUCACGGAUUGUGUAGUUCAGACACCUUCAGAUUUAACUACUUUAGAUGAAGCACAUUCUUGUAUGUCUUCGGAGUAUAGUGAUACAAUUAAUAGAGUAAAGAAUGUCAAUAAAAUAAACUGUCCAAAUAUCGACAGUUUAUGGUGUGCCGUAUCACGGGCGGCAGAGAACGGAUGUCUGGUGUGUAAGGAACCGCUAAAAUGGUGUUCGUCGUUAUCAGUUAGAUCUGGAGCGGCGAUGCGAAGAGAAGCACGCCGAGUAGUCGCUGAGGGUUCUGUUCUGUUCUGUUCUGUUCCCUACACUAAGCCUAACAGCCGUGCAAUACAGCUCGCUUACAACCUCUAUGUAUUUUAUGCUGUAAAUGAACCUACCUCCCAACACAUCCUCGAGAUAUACGACGUACAACAUACGACAUACGACGUACGAUGCCCACAUCCACAGAUAUAA